UGAAAUGUGGUGCGAGUGUACCCUCUGGUGGCCAUUUUACAAUUACUGUAACUUGCAGUCGUGCCAGAAAGACUCCAAUUGAACUUAAAUUUGCCGUAUCAUUUAUGAUUACGACCCAAGAGACUCACCGCACAGUUCUGAGUCUGAUAAAUUGCUUCGCCGGUGGAGUUUUACUGGCAGCAUGUUUGCUCGAUAUCAUUCCCGAUUACCUGGCGGACAUCAACACUGUGCUGGACUCUAACAUGAUUGAGGUCAACUUCCCACUUCCUGAGUUCAUCAUGGCUGUCGGCUUCUUCACAGUCCUCAUAUUGGAGAGGAUGGUUCUGAACUGUCGGGAGAUGGGAGGGACCGUGGAUGAGAGGGCACCUCUUAUACAGGACAUGAGGAACGGCCACGCCCACGCCCACGUCCAUGGCUCCACCGCGAGUCCGGAUCUGGAGAGCAGCGGCCACCACGUCCAUGUUGACUUUCAGGCCCACUCGCCUUUUCGCUCCUUCAUGCUUAUCCUCUCGUAGGUAAGAAAAAAGGCAGCGCUUCAUCUGAUACUGGAUCAUCUCGAGGUUACAGAAAAUACUUUAUAGCUAGCAAUUUUCUCUCAAAUUCUGUUUUGUUACACUUUUCCAGUCUUGCCCAACACCUUGGUGCAUUGCUUAUACAUUAUACUGUACAUCAUGAGUGCCAGUGCUGUCUUGCAAAGUUGCAGUGUAUAAUCUAUAGCAAAGCUAAGCAAAGUAUGGCAGGUGGGCCAUUUACAGCCUGCUCCAUUCUUUAAUCCGGUCCAUGAAGCAUUUACAUCAAGGGUUCACCAACUGACAGCAGCUUCUUGGGUACUGAUUUAUGUAAAGGGCCACCAGUUUGAUACACACUUUUGAAAUAACACAUUUAGUCAAAUCAACUUGAAUUAUAUGUUGUCGUUAACAAUUAAUGACCUUUGUCUACAGCAGUAAUUCUCAACUGGUGGGGAAGGACCCAAAAGUGGGUCGCGGAGCCAUUUUGGGUGGGUCGCAGAGAGCUAGUAAAAAGUUACAUUGGUCGUGUUCGUAUUUGGAUUUUUAUUUUUUUUUUUCUGAUCAUGUUAAUGAUCUCUUAAAAUAGUUCUAAACAAUGAUUUAAUAAGGUAGGAUGAAAAUCAAUGCGCAACACUUUAUUUUCAAAUGAUCACUUUUACCACAUUCCUAUCACAAUCACAAUCAGCCUUGUUUACUAAUAAAUGCGUAGAAAUGUUCGCCCUCUGCGCACAAGUUAAGUGUAUACGAGAAAUCCCCAUCAGAUUCAUGUCCCAUGCGUACCGGCCAAUUUUCUUCGCAUGUUAAUGAAUCCGAAUUCCUUCUACUGUACAAGACGGGCUCGUGCCCGCAACUUGCAAUCUGCCCCAUUCCCCUACAUAUAAAAAAACAUCCGUCUGACGCACCUCAGCCAAUGCGGGAGGUUUAACUCGCAAAAGAUGGCUGAUCCAAACGUUUCAUAACGUUUUUAAUCUUUAUCCUAUGUUCAAGAAGUUGGUAUCAUCAGAAAGAUUGCACAGCAACCAAGAACAUAUAGCCUAAUAAUCAUGUUAAUCAUUUAAUGAAUUCCGAAUAGAGAUUAUGGAGGUCUGAGAAUAAGCAAACACUGCAUAUGUUGUUAAAAUACAUGGUGAGAAAUACAUACAGAAUCAGAAUCAGAAUCAUCUUUAUUUGCCAAGUAUGUCCAAAACAUACAAGGAAUUUGUCUCCGGUAGUUGGAGCCGCUCUAGUACAACAGACAGUCAAUUUACAGAACACUUUGGAGACAUAAAGACAUUGACAAAAAACAAUUGUGCAAAAAGAUGCAGAGUCCUCUAGCACUUAGAGCAGUUCGAAUGACUUAAUAUUGCAAUAGUCCGGUGCAAUGACCAUUGUGCAAAGGGCGCCGAGACUUCAAGGAGUGUAUGCGGUUUAAAGUGACGAGUAGUGCGAUAAUCUGGGACAAUGUUGGUUGUGCAAAUGUUACAGAUACUCCUCAAUCAGUGUGCAAAUGGAGCAGAUGCUACUCUGGCAUGAGUGGCCAGUAUAUGCAAAUAGUGCAGCACGGCGAGACAACUACAGUGAGUGUACGAGUAAUACAUAAUUGGCCCCACAGAAAUGUGACAACGAACUCAAGUCAAAAAAUUACCAGCUUGUUGUAAUGGAAUUAUAGGUUCGCUGUUUAAGAAGUUGAUUGCAAGAGGGAAGAAGCUGUUGGAAUGUCUACUAGUUCUAGUUUGCAUUGAUCGGUAGCGCCUACCUGAGGGAAGGAGCUGGAAAAGCUGGUGACCGGGGUGCGGAGGGUCAGAGAGGAUUUUGCACGCCCUUGUCUUAGUUCUGGCAGCGUGCAAGUCCUCAAUGGUGGGUAGGGGGGUACCGACAAUCCUUUCAGCAGUUUUGAUUGUCCGUUGCAGUCGGAGUUUGUCCU